CCACCCACCAGCUGGAUCGUCUGCGGUACAACAUCCUUCGUAAUAUGAACUCUUUAAACUAAAAUAAUGUAGUCGUAUCCACAUUAGGAGAAUUAAAAGGACCGAACUGAAUGUGUUUAAAGCGAUAACAAAAGGUAGUGUGUAUUUGUGUUUACAUGGCAAGUAAGUAAGUGACUUGUGUGACUGUCCUCCAUUUUUGUUUUAACUCCAAACUACAACCGCAUGCAAGAGUUAAAUAAUCAUGAGGGAGAUGGCAGGUCGAUGCAGGCUGGUGUCCUGUCUGUGUCUGGGCCUCUUUGGGGUCUUAUGCUGGGUCUGGGUCUCAUUUGCUUCCUUCCCCGAUGACCAUGACGGCAUGGUGUCCUACGAUGCAGCGGACCAAGCAGCCUUCAAGGCCCAGAGUGCUCUCGCUGACAUGGACUUUGCCCCCGUCAGCUCAUACCGAGGACCUGGCAACCAAGACCAACGCAGCAACAAGGAGCUUCCUAUCAUCUUGUGGUGGAGCGGAGGCUUAUUCCCACAUUUUCCUGGGGACACUGAACGCAUCGACUGCGCCACCUCGUCCUGCCUGGCCACAAGUAACCGCAAGGUCCAGCUGUACAAGAGGACAGCAUCCAUCAUUUUCUACGGUACGGACUUCCGGGCCUAUGAAGCGCCACUCCCUCGUCUGCGUCACCAGACGUGGGCUCUGUUUCACGAAGAGUCCCCCAUGAAUAACUACCUCCUCUCUCACGGCACGGGGAUCAAGUUGUUCAAUUACACCGCCACCUUCCGCAGGGAGUCCGACUACCCUUUGACCCUGCAGUGGCUGCCAUCCCUCAGCUACCUGCUGCAGCCUGUAGCCGUGACCCUGAAGGAGAAGAAUCGGCUGAGGCGGGAAGGCUUCGCCCCCGUGCUCUACAUGCAGUCCCACUGUGACGUGCCCUCGGACAGAGACAGAUACGUCCGUGAGCUCAUGAAGUACAUCCAGGUGGAUUCUUACGGGAAAUGUCUGAACAACAAAGCUCUGCCAAAACACCUGGAAGACACGUCCACCGCCACAGGUGAGGAGGACACCUUUAUGCGAUUCGUCAGCCGCUACAAGUUCCACCUGGCGCUGGAGAACGGUCUCUGUCCGGACUACAUGACAGAGAAGCUGUGGCGGCCCCUCCAUCAGGGCUGCGUUCCCGUCUACCGCGGCUCCCCCGUGGCAGCGGACUGGAUGCCCAACAACCACUCUGUCAUCCUGAUCGAUGACUUCCCCUCACCUAAAGCUUUGGCAGACUUCCUCAAGUCCCUCGACGAGAACGACGGCGAAUACGUCCGAUAUUUAGAGUUCAAAAACGUCCGCAGCGUGGCCAACGUGCGUCUGCUGGACGCCCUGGAGAGCCGAGAGUGGGGGGUCAACGACAUGAGCAAACCCAACUACCUGAAUGGAUUCGAGUGCUACGUGUGCGAGCAGGAGAACGCACGGCUGGCUGCAGAACGAGCAAAUAGGAAAGCCCCAGAGAAGAGCCCGCCUCCACCAUCCAAGUUGGCGACCAACGCACACAUGGGGUGCCCCCUGCCCAGUCCGGGGUACGGAGACAUCCUAGACCUGCCUUCAGAUGACGGAUGGUUACAGAUGUGGCCUCAGGACUACUGGCAGAGUCUGGACCAAGCGGAGGGGCUGGAGUCUCUGAUAAGAAAGAACGAGUCGGACCCUUCGCUGCUGUGGAAGCACAUCCAAAGAAUGGCGGCGAGCAGAGCCCGGGGCAAACACUGACGUGGAGCGUGAAGGACGUCCAGGAGUCCAGGAGUGUCUCGUACUAUGCAGUCGCUCUUUUGGUUUUUUUUUCCUUAAAGAGGCUUUUCAUUUGCACCCGUGCCAGUUUGGCUGCUCCCUCGUGGACAGUUUAAUUGAUUUUGGUAUUUUAUUAGGCAGAUACUUUAAGUUGAGUAAUGUCCCAGCGCUGGGCGUUAAGUAAAAGUGUGCAGCACCGUGGUUCCACAGAGACACAUUGCCAGGAGGGGAGAGGAAGACAAGUUUGUGGUGGAGCGCGGCCAAGUUUCAUCCAGCGUGCCAACCGACUGUGUUGUGUGAGGACAAUCAGGACAGAAACCACUGGACUUAAUCAACUCUUUGUUUACUAUUACAAACCCCGUUUCCAUAUGAGUUGGGAAAUUGUGUUAGAUGUAAAUAUAAACGGAAUACAAUGAUUUGCAAAUCCUUUUCAACCCAUAUUCAAUUGAAUGCACUACAAAGACAACAUAUUUGAUGUUCAAACUCAUAAACUUUAUUUUUUUUUUUUGCAAAUAAUAAUUAACUUAGAAUUUCAUGGCUGCAACACGUGCCAAAGUAGUUGGGAAAGGGCAUGUUCACCACUGUGUUACAUGGCCUUUCCUUUUAACAACACUCAGUAAACGUUUGGGAACUGAGGAGACACAUUUUUGAAGCUUCUCAGGUGGAAUUCUUUCCCAUUCUUGCUUGAUGUACAGCUUAAGUUGUUCAACAGUCCGGGGGUCUCCGUUGUGGUAUUUUAGGCUUCAUAAUGCGCCACACAUUUUCAAUGGGAGACAGGUCUGGACUACAGGCAGGCCAGUCUAGUACCCACACUCUUUUACUAUGAAGCCACGUUGAUGUAACACGUGGCUUGGCAUUGUCUUGCUGAAAUAAGCAGGGGCGUCCAUGAUAACGUCAACAUAUGUUGCUCCAAAACCUGUAUGUACCUUUCAACAUUAAUGGCGCCUUCACAGAUGUGUAAGUUACCCAUGUCUUGGGCACUAAUACACCCCCAUACCAUCACACAUGCUGACUUUUUGUCAGGACUUGAUCUUGGGAGUUUGCUUUUCCAGGAUGCAACGGAAAGUUGGCACGGGCGAGACGGGAAUUAAGGUACAUGAUUUAUUAUUAUAAAAAAAAAAAAGGAAUAAAUGAAAGCGCGCACAGUGGCGGAGAACAAACUAUGAAAAACAAAAAGACUAUAAACAUGGAACCAAAACUUACUUUGACAAGGGACAUGAAGCAGGAUCUUAGAGGAAUGGACAGAGCAUAAAUGUGGUGUGAGGUCGUCAGCACGAACAACAGAAAAGGAAUGAACUUAAAUACUUAUGGACAUGAUUAACAACAGGUGCGUGACUCAAAACAGGUGCGUGACAUGACAGGUGAAACUAAUGGGUAACUAUGGUGACAAAACAAAACAAAAGUGCACAAAAAGUCCAAAAAUAAAACCUGAUCACACAGACAUGACACUUUUCAACUUUGCGCCUAUAACAAUCCGGAUGGUUCUUUUCCUCUUUGGUCCGGAGGACACGACGUCCACAGUUUCCAAAAACAAUUUGAAAUGUGGACUCGUCAGACCACAGAACACUUUUCCACUUUGUAUCAGUCCAUCUUUGAUGAGCUCAGGCCCAGCGAAGCCGACGGCGUUUCUGGGUGUUGUUGAUAAAUGGUUCUCGCCUUGCAUAGGAGAGUUUUAACUUGCACUUACAGAUGUAGCGACCAACUGUAGUUACUGACAGUGGGUUUCUGAAGUGUUCCUGAGCCCAUGUGGUGAUAUCCUUUACACACUGAUGUCGCUUGUUGAUGCAGUAAAGCCUGAGGGAUCGAAGGUCACGGGCUUAGCAGCUUACGUGCAAUGUUUUCUCCAGAUUCUCUGAACCCUUUGAUGAUAUUACGGACCGUAGAUGGUGAAAUCCCUAAAUUCCUUGCAAUAGCUGGUUGAGAAAGGUUUUUCUUAAACUGUUCAACAAUUUGCUCACGCAUUUGUUGACAAAGUGGUGACCCUCGCCCCCAUCCUUGUUUGUGAAUGACUGAGCAUUUCAUGGAAUCUACUUUUAUACCCAAUCAUGGCACCCACCUGUUCCCAAUUAGCCUGCACACCUGUGGGAUGUUCCAAAUAAGUGUUUGAUGAGCAUUCCUCAACUUUAUCAGUAUUUAUUGCCACCUUUCCCAACUUCUUUGUCACGUGUUGCCG